UGCAUCAGUGGCGAGGCUUUAGCGAUUAUCUGCGAACUGUUCUGCGAAGAUUACGAACGGAGAGUCUCUGGUCUACCGGAUCUUUUUCUAUGGCACAGCGCUCAGCGCGUAUGCAAGUUCGUCGAGGUGAAAGGUCCUGGUGACACAUUGAAGGAGAACCAGAAGGUUUGGAUUGACAUCCUUAUUCGUGCAGGCCUUUCUGUGGAUUUGUGCCGAGUUGCGGAGUACGGACAGAGCCAAUCAAAGAUCAAAGCACUUCGCGAUGUCAACAAGAACAAGAAGCUGCGGAAUAAGCCGUUGUCGACUGCAAAGCCUGAAGAGGACGGGAUGAAAGUACAUCAAAUGCCGGCUCCGGAUGGCCAGAGCAUCAUGGCUCAUUCCGUUCCCCCGCCCAUGCGAAUACAUCAGAUACCCGCGCCUGCCAGGGCCAACAUACUCCGUACCUUCAAACGCUCCAGAGAUGUUACUGGAGUGAGUGAAUCCCCGAGUCGCAAAAAGCGCGUCAAACAGGGAUUCCCUGAGGCGGGAGUCGCACUAAUCAAGUUAGACACUACUGAAGACGGUUUGCCCCCUCAAAGUUGA